GGCUCUGCCACACCUCGGCGCCCAAGCAGACGUACGUGCAGGGGUGUAGCGAAUUCCGCGGCCCAGAGGUAAAAGGUGGCGGCGGUAGGGGCCGGUUGUGUCCUGGAGGCUGUGGGCUCUUCUCCCGUGGGGUUUUCCCAGCCCACCGCAUUCACCCAACAGCCCAGCUGAUGCUGGCGCGGACCCGGUUGUCGGCCUUCAUUCCUUCUCUCUUCGUGAUCCGAUCCAGACUCGCCAUGAGCAGCGCUACCGGCACCGUCACCAUCCACCAGCCCCUCAACUACCGGGCGGGCGCCCGCGUUCAUCCGGCCGACGGCGGGCCGGCUGAGGAGGUGUAUGAGCCUGCCACAGGUCGUGUGAUAUGCAAGGUGCUCUGCUCUGGGGAGAAGGAAGUUGAUCUGGCUGUGCAGAGUGCAAAGGUUGCCUUUAAAAUAUGGAGUCAGAUGUCUGGCAUGGAGAGAAGCAGGGUACUGCUGGAGGCUGCCAGAAUUAUUCGGGAGCAGAAAGAAGAAAUUGCCACCAUGGAAACCAUCAACAAUGGGAAAUCCAUCUUUGAAGCCAGAGUGGACAUCGACAUAUCCUGGCAGUGCCUGGAGUAUUACGCAGGACUGGCAGGAUCUCUAGCUGGUGAACACAUCCAACUUCCAGGGGGAUCCUUUGGGUACACUCGGAGAGAGCCCCUCGGAGUGUGUGUUGGGAUUGGAGCCUGGAAUUACCCUUUCCAGAUUGCCUGCUGGAAGUCUGCCCCAGCCUUGGCUUGUGGCAAUGCGAUGGUCUUCAAGCCUUCUCCCUUCACCCCUGUUUCAGUGGUGAAGUUGGCAGAGAUCUUCACAGAGGCCGGUGUGCCCAAGGGGCUCUUCAACGUGGUGCAGGGUGGGGCAGCCACAGGCCAGUUCCUCUGUCAUCACCCAGAUGUGGCCAAAAUCUCUUUUACUGGCAGUGUGCCAACUGGCAUGAAGAUUAUGGAGAUGGCAGCUAAAGGCAUCAAGCCAGUCACCUUGGAGCUGGGGGGCAAAUCCCCCCUUAUCAUCUUUUCAGACUGUGCCCUGGAGAAUGCUGUGAAUGGAGCCCUCAUGGCCAACUUCCUUACACAGGGUGAGGUGUGCUGCAAUGGCACGCGGGUAUUUGUGGAGAGGAAGAUACUAGAUGUUUUUACAAAAGAGGUGGUGAAACGCACACAGAAAAUCAAAAUUGGAGACCCACUUCUGGAAGACACGCGGAUGGGAGCCCUCAUCAACCGAGCCCACCUCGAUCGUGUCCAGGGCUUUAUCAAGCAGGCAAAGGAACAGGGGGCAGAGGUUCUGUGUGGUGGGGACCUGUAUGUGCCAGAUGACCCAAAGCUGAAGAAUGGCUACUACAUGCGACCCUGUGUGUUAGGGAAUUGUACAGAUGACAUGACAUGUGUGAAGGAAGAGAUCUUUGGGCCUGUCAUGUCCAUUCUGCCAUUUGACACGGAGGAGGAGGCUGUGGAAAGAGCUAAUGCCACUAAAUUUGGCCUGGCAGGUGGAGUCUUCACCAGGGAUAUCCAGAAGGCUCACAGGGUAGUGGCUGCUCUCAAGGCUGGGAUGUGCUUCAUUAAUAACUACAACCUCAGCCCUGUGGAGCUGCCUUUUGGAGGAUACAAGGCAUCAGGAUUUGGCAGAGAGAAUGGACGGGCAGCCAUUGAGUACUACUCGCAGCUGAAGACUGUAUGUGUGGAGAUGGGUGAUGUGGAAUCAGUGUUUUAGUGCCUCUGGGGUUGCCUCAACGGAGCAUCAACCAGUUCUUACAUGUUAGACAGAGAUACGGAUCAUGUACACAGCAAUAAAGUGCUCUAAAAUUUUGAGUAAGUGAAGUGCCUGGGAGGGGAGACAUUGCUGCAGCAGCAUUUAUUCACCCUCCCCCUGUAGGAUAAGGGCCUGCCUGGUGCAGGAUGGGAACCUCUGAGUAGGAGGUAGCAGCGUGACUUUCAGCAGCAUCUCAUGCAACUAAGUAGGUGUUACUAGAGGUUUAUCAGUAGCAGCGGUCUUGCACAGGUUCUUUCUAGUGCAGCAUGCACCUCCCACCAUCAGUCAACUUUUUAAAAGGUAUGUCCCUACUCAAUGCAUGUAUAAGCUCUUGGACAUUGAUAACCUGUAGCUACAGGCUCCAUCUCAUCUAGUCUCUGAUAAAGGUAGGAUUGUUCACUUCCUCUAGCUCCCAUAACACAAGUUCUGCUUUUUCUGUCUGUGCCUUACUUCCAAGGUGGAACAAGCUAUUGUGGGGAUGUUUAGUUAAUGUCACCUGGGACAGGCAUGGCCCUGAGAAUCAUCCCCACAGAGCAGGGAGCACAACUAGGAUCCAGCCUAGGUUAGAGUCCUGCUGCUCUUAAAUGCUAUUUGACUUCCUUCCUAUAAACCUACUCUUUAUAAAGACUAUCAAGCAACAACUUUAAAUGCUAGCUAACAGCUUUUUUUUUUCUUUUUGUAGCAAUCAAAUAAAUAUUAACUCUGUUUGGAA